AUGUCUCCCGUCGACCCCUCGCAAGAAGACUGCUCAGAGCUGCAACAUGACAUCGAUCCGGAGACGGAAGAUGUCCCAGUCAACAAAACCACUACCUUCAAUGGCCAGCUGAAUCAAUUUAUGCACGCGAGCAAUAAGGCCACUGGAUCCGCCAUCAAACCGGCCAGCCUCAAGCGACAAAGAACCGACCCAAGCAUCUCGGAAAACGUCUCAACUACCACCAGCAUUACCCACCAGCCAUCAACAACUCGCACAACUCGCUCUCGUUCCUCCUCUACCACCACUACAGUAAUAAAGACCUCCCCAGCGAAGAAGCCUCGCCGUCGCAAAAAUUCUCCGCCAACAACCCCCUCAACAGCUGCCGACUCCCUCCUCCGCGACACAAUCCCCGCAAACCUAACACUUCUCCUCGUAGGCGUGAACCCAGGAACCUUAACCGGUACAACCGGCUUCUCCUACGCACACCCAUCCAAUCUAUUCUGGAAACUCCUCCACGCCUCAGGAAUAACACCAAUCCGCCACCUGCCCUCCGACACAUAUAAACUUCCCAGCCUCUACAACAUCGGCAAUACGAACAUCGUGGCAAGACCAACUCGUGACGCGAGCAUGUUGGCAAGAGCCGAGAUGGACGCCGGCGUGCCUAUUCUCGAAGCCAAGAUUGCAGCCCAGCGGCCCGAGGCAGUGUGUCUGGUUGGCAAGAGUAUAUGGGAAGCUAUUUGGCGAGUCAGGCAUGGGCGCGCGAUUCGCAAAGAGGAGUUUCGGUAUGGAUGGCAAGAUGAUGCGGAGAAUAUGGGGCGGGUUACUGGCUGUUCUGAUUGGGAUGGAGCGCCUGUUUUUGUUGCGACGACUACCAGUGCCUUGGCUGCUGGUAUGAGUUUCGCACAGAAGGAGGCUGUUUGGGCUGAGUUGGGGAGUUGGGUUGUUCAGCGGAGGGUUCAAACGAGCUCGAUUGCUGGUGGUCUUGGCACAGGCUUGAAUGGGCAUUUACGUGCUAAUAUAGAAGAUGGUGCCUAG